AUGUCGAAUUUAUCAGUUUCUGAAUUUGAAUUACUGGUUCAAAAAGCUACUAGUGAGAGUAUUCCAAAUGGUGAAUUAGACUUGCCAGUGGCUUUGGAACUUUCAGAUACUAUUAGAUCAAAAAGAAUUUCACAUAAGGAUGGUAUGAGAUGCUUAAAAAAGAGAAUUAUGAGUACUCAGUCAAAUCCUAACACCCAGUUGUCCUCUUGGAAGUUAGUAGAUGUAUGCAUUAAGAAUGGUGGUAUUUCUUUCAUAAAGGAAAUUUGUUCAAGAGAAUUUAUGGACACCAUGGAAAAUACAAUUUUGAAGAAUAAUGAUAAUGAAGAGGUUAAAGAGUUGGUAGUGAGAAUCGUUUAUGGGUUAUAUUUAGCUUUCAAGAACGAUUCCCAGUUGAAUAGUGUCACCAAAGUUUAUGAAAAAUUAGUAAACCGUGGUAUUCGUUUCCCAGAAGAAUUAGACACAUCAAAUUCUAAUUUGGCUUUGUUCGAUUCACGCACACCUGCAGAAUGGAUGGAUUCGGAUGCAUGUAUGAUAUGUUCAAAGAAAUUUUCGUUAUUGAACAGAAGACAUCAUUGUAGAUCAUGUGGUGGUAUCUUCUGUCAAGAUCAUUCUUCAAAUAACAUUCCUUUACCAGAUUUAGGUAUAUAUGACUCGGUCAGAGUAUGUGAUAAUUGUUAUGAGGACUAUGACAGUAAAAAAUCCAACGUUAAAAAGACAAAAAAGAAGCAUAGAAGAAAGAGCUCUAAAUAUGACUCAAAGUAUGAUGAGGAAGAACAAUUAAGGAAAGCUAUUGAACUAUCGUUACGAGAAUCUUCUAAAACCGAACCUAUUAUACCUCAUAUACCAGAACCAACGGUAGUAUUACCUCAAGUUGGUGAGGAUGAAAAUGAUCCUGAAUUGAAGGCAGCUAUUGCAGCUAGUUUGAAAGAGGCAGAAAAAGAGAAGAUAAGAAGAGAAUCAGUAUUUAACCAACAGAAUCAACAACAAGGGCAGCAACACUACCAACAAUUACCAGAACUUCAAAAUUAUCAACCACAGGUACCUCAAGGCUUUGAUCUUACUUCCAAUGAAGAAAAUGAUAUAUAUUUGUUUGCAUCUUUAGUAGAAAAAAUGAAAUCUAAAACACCCUUCGAAAUACUAGAGGAUACCCAAUUACAGUCACUUUAUCAAAAAGUUAUCCGUUCGAGACCAAAGUUAAACAGCUCUUUGAAUGAUACAGUUCAAAAGUACAAUAAUUUGAUAGAGAUGAAUGGUAAAAUAUCUGAUAUUAUGAAUAUUUAUGACCAAUUAUUAGAAAAACAAUUAAAUGCUAUUAAUAUAAAUCAGCAAUUUAGUAUUAAGCAAACUCCAUCUGAUCCGUAUGCAUACUAUCAACAAGUUCCGCAACAAGGUCAAAGAACUGUUGCAGCAGCGGCACCAAUGGGAAAUCCUAAUAAUUAUGUAACUCAAACCCAAUCCCCUACAGUAGUCAAACCACAGCCGGCAAUUAAUAGCCUAGAUGGUUUGGUUAUUAAUAAUAAUAUUAAUUCAGAUGCUCAGCCAGUUGCAUCAGAGCCCCCAUAUCCAAUUGAGGAAGAAUCCUUGACAGAGAAUAUGACAGAAAGACGUGCUAUGAUAUCUACUGAACAACAACAAGAGUCUCCGAACCAAAAUAGAGACAUGGAUAAAGUUGAGGGCGCGGUAAAGACUGAUGAUGUUAAUACCACCAAAAAUGUUAAUAUAACAAGCUUUGAUUUUCCUACUGUGCCAAAUACCAAGACAAGUGAAGUGGCAGAUAUUAAUGCAUCAAAUGCAAUCAUCCAAGAGUCGGAACCCUCAAGAGAGGAAUUACUUCUAGAAUUGUAA